GGAGCAUAUAGAUAUAAGAAUGGAGAGAGUCUCCUUGGGCCAUGGUCACUUUUGGGGAUCAGAUCACAAUAUCAAGCACAUACGCGAACAUAUAAUCUGAAUACAGACCCUCUUUAUAAAGAUUUCCAUCGAAAAUAUCUAACAACGUCAAUACAUACUGUAUCAACCAUGUCAUACGUCGGAAAAGUUGUCCUCAUUACAGGCGGAUCCAAAGGCAUUGGACGGGCUGUAACGGAGCAAUUCGUCGCUCUUGGAGCUAAAGUCGCCAUCAACUACUCCUCUGAUUCCUCAGCGGCUGACGAGCUCGUCAAAACCCUGGGCGAAAACAAUGUACUUCCCAUCAAGGCUGAUGCGGGAUCAGUUGUCAGUACAAAAGAGAUGGUCGAACAGACUGUGUCCCGAUUCGGGAAGAUUGAUAUAUUGAUUCCAAACGCUGGGAUAAUGCCUCUCGCGAAUUUAGAGAACGUCACCGAGGAAAUGUUUGACAAUAUUUAUCAAGUUAAUGUCAAGGGACCUCUGUUUUUGGCAAAGGCCGCUGUGCCACAUAUGCCUGAAGGGUCCCAUAUCGUAUUCCUCAGCACAUCGCUUUGCCAUUCCAAUACCAUUUUGCCGCCUCAAUUACUAUAUUGCUCCACCAAGGGUGCUAUUGAGCAGAUUACUCGUCUGCUAUCCAAGGAUCUUGCGUCAAAGGGCAUUAUUGUGAAUUGUGUCGCUCCCGGACCGACAGCUACUGAGUUGUUUAUGAGAGGAAAGCCGGAUACUCUUGUUGACGCUAUCAAGAAGCACUCUCCGUUCAAUAGAUUGGGAACGCCGGAGGAGAUUGCUGAGGCUAUUGUUUAUUUGUCGGGGACUUCGUGGGUGGCAGGUCAGACGGUGAGGUGUAAUGGCGGUAUGAUUUGA